AUGGCGGAGCAGAAAGCACAAAAGUCCUCAGAUAUUGUCGUCGAAAUUAUCGAUAGUGAACAAGACUUCGCGACAGCCUUCGCUAUAAUCUCAAGAUGCUUCGGUCAACAGACCAAGGAUGUUUUCUGGCAGGCUAUGAACCCCGGCUGGAAUACCCAUGACGGGGCGACCGCUGGAAGAGACCGUAUGAUUAAGCGCUGGCAAUCAAUCACUGCGAACAAGUCCGGCGCGCCGAAUACUGUGCAUCUCAAAGCCACUGUACCUGACCCAGAAAAUCCGGUUAAGCGCGUGAUGGCCGGGAUAGCCAUCUGGGCACAACUGUCUAUGGUCGAUGGCAUGGGUGACAAGCCAUCGACUGAUGUCAGCACUGCAGUGAAUUUGGACGAACUUUACCCGGGCGACGCAACAGAACAGAGGUUUCUGCGUCAAGGCUUUGCCUCAUUUGUCAGUCAGCGCGUAAAGACGCUCGAAGAAAAGGCAACGACUUCGUCGCCUGCGACUUUCAGUUUGGACCUUUGCGCUGUGGAUCCAGACUUCCAGAGAAGAGGAAUUGCUAACAAGCUGGUUGAAUGGGGCUUGGAGGAAGCCAAGAAUAGAGGAGGGCUAGAAUCAACGACCGAAGGUUCUGCUAUGGGAAGAUUCGUGUAUCAGAAACUGGGCUUCAAGCCUGUGGAAGAGGUCAACUACGUUGUGGACCCUGAGUUCAAGGAUCGCAAGCUGCCUUCGAACUUAUUCAUGCGUACUGGACCGAGCACAUGA